UAAAAUCUCCACUCAUUAAAAAAAUUAUUAUAUUUUUAGACGAAUUCAUAGGUUUUGAUUUCGUGAAAAUCGCAAAUGGGGAACUGUAUGCGGCACGGGAAGUCAUCGGCGGUGUGGGCAGGCGAGGAUUGGGGGUCUCUGACUUCGAAGCCCUGCGGAAAUGAUAAUGGGGAUCCGGAGAUGGAGAGGCUUCUGGGACAAUCUCCGUCGACUACGGAGGUCAAGAUUACCAUUUCAAAGAAGGAGCUUGAGGAGUUGGCGAAGAAGGUGAACAUGCAGGGUCUGUCUCUGGAACAAGUUCUGGCUAAGAUGGUCAAAGAAGCUGGUGGCUAUGCGACGGUGCUGCCCGAGCACCACCGCCAUUGGAGGCCGGCCCUGCAAAGCAUUCCGGAGAUGGACUAAUCCGACAAAUCUCAGUUUUCCUUGUUUAAAAAAGAAAAAAAAAAAAAAAGGGUUGUCUUGAAUUUGGAUAUGUAGAUAUGUUCUGGCUUUUUUGUUCUUUCAUUCUUUUAUUUUAGAAAUACUUUGUUUUUGGAAGAAUAAAAGAGUUACCAAAUUUUCCCAAAUAGUCUCUUUUAAAUUUUUUUCUCAUUUUUCUUUUUUUUAACAACAUUGGAAUUAUGGGGAAUUAGGGAAUUUGACAAGUAGAUGGUGAGAGAGUUCGUCUCCUAACCAAAUAAAUUCAAAAACACGAA